AGCACACUGACCUCUUCCCUACCUUUGUUGUAACUCGUGUGUGGUACAUGACUUGCAUAUGAAACUCAUGCUUCGCCCUGAAUGGAGGCUUUGGCCGAUCUCCACUUUUCUUGGUGUUACUGACCUCAAAACUGGCGUCACUGUUGUCCUAUUGUUUGCACUCCUCAACAAAGUAGCAGGCGUUUACGGCUUGAUUGCUGUCAUGACCGGUGCAAAUAUUCUCGGUCUCGUCGCCCUAAGCUGGGGACUGAAAUCCGUCAAAGAUGAGAACCCUCAGCACACACUCUAUUUUGCGUACUUCUUCUUCCUCGACCACAUCUUCUCAACAAUUUGGACGGUAUUCUUUUCCAUUAUCUGGUGGACUUAUACCUCGCAUGAUGGGCAGCAAAUCUCCAAUUCACAUGCACAGGAGGCCAUACGACAUGAUGCACCAGUUGUAAACCACACUAUGUCAGAUGAGCAGCGGGCUCUGGAAGCGAAUAUUUUGUGGCACGAAGAGAAGGGCACUGCCAUGGGCGUCAUCAUUAUUAGCUGGCUUGCAAAGAUAUAUUUCGCACUAUUACUCUACUCAUAUGCCACACAUCUCCGCAAGGGCUCGUACAACUCCAUCCGACACUUGCGUUCGCAUUCAAGCACCCCCGCCGGGUACGCCGCAGCACUGACCGAAGAGGAGGAUGAAGUUGACGAUUUUUACCUACCCUCAAUACGAAAGAACCAGCCUUCACACCCUUCAAAUGACUCUACAUCACACCUUCCAAACGGCUCUACACCGUAUUUCCCCAACGGCUCUGCUUCAUACACCCCGAAUGGCUCAUCUUCCCAUAUUUCCAAUGGCUCGAUAUCGCAUCUGCCCGAUUUUGUGAGCGCCCCAGGAAGACACGGGAGGAAGGCGAGCAGGGGCUCGUCAGGCAAGACCAAUAUACCCGGAAGGAAAAGUGAGGGGAGCAGAGAGGUUAUCUUUGAAGACGAUGGGUCGUAGACUCGGGUAAUAUACCAUUUUUUGUGUUGUGUGGCAAUCUAUCAGCGAGCAUAAUAUUUACCAUAAGAUGGCUGGGCAGUCCUCGACGUUGAUUCUCCAUGAGCAAAGUGACAAGGGUGUCAGUCACGUAUUGACACUAUCUUUGAAGGAAUUUAUUUUUUUG